UUGGGGGCUGUUUCUGGAGAGAGAGUGAUGCUGUUCUCUGUUCACUGGAAAUGUAUUGACUGAGGAUCCAACUCUCAGCCUUCCAGCUGGAGCCUGCCGCUGCUCUGCUCACUGCGCGGGUUUAAACCAGGACACAAACACACCUGACGGCUGAGCUCCCUCUGGUCCUGUUUCACUGACCACUAACCAUGAGGGUCUUCCUCCUGCUGUGCCUGCUGGUGUUAGGCAAUGCCAAACCCUAUCAACCAAUCAACAUCAUGGAUUUCAUGAAAAACUAUGACAUCAUGAUGGCUGAUUCAGAUGGCGGCGACGACGAUGAUGAUGAUGAUGAUGAUGGCCAUAGUGACGAAGAGGAUAAAGACGAUUUAGAUGAUGAAGAUGAGAACUGUCCUGCAAGUUGCCAUUGUUCACCCAGAGUGAUGCAGUGCUCUGACCAGGGUCUGAUCUCCAUUCCUGAGAAGAUCCCUGAAGACACUGUGAUGAUCGACCUUCAGAACAAUGAUAUUACUGAGAUCAAGGAGAAUGAUUUUAAGGGCCUCCACAAACUCUAUGGCCUGUUCCUCAUCAACAAUAAGAUCUCCAAGAUUCACCCCAAAGCAUUCAGAAACAUGGACCAUCUCAGACUGCUGUAUCUCUCCUACAACAUGCUGACUGAGAUCCCUGCGAACCUGCCUCCUAAUGUCAUCGAGCUGCGCUUUCACGAAAACAAGAUCAGCAGAAUCCAGAAGGAUGCAUUUAAAGGCCUGAGGAAACUCCAUGUGCUGGAGCUGGGUGCCAACCCACUGGCCAACAGUGGGAUGGAGCUUGGCGCUUUUAAUGGCUUAUCAACUCUGUAUAUCGGAGUUGCAGAGGCCAAACUAACUGCUGUACCAAAAGACUUCCCGUUGUCUAUCACAGAGAUGAGCCUGGACUACAACAAGAUCGCCAAGGUGGAGGUAGAAGACUUCAUCAGAUAUAAAAACCUGCAGAGGCUAGGACUUGGUUUUAACCAGAUUAAGUUUGUAGAGAAUGGCAGCUUUGUCAGCAUCCCAAACAUCCGUGAGAUCCACCUAGACAACAACCGUCUGAAGAAGGUGCCCCCAGGCCUCAGCUCCCUGCGCUACCUCCAGGUGAUUUUCCUCCAUGGCAACAAAAUCAACAGUGUGGGAGUCAACGACUUCUGUCCCAUCAUGUCCAGUGUGAAGAAGAACCUGUACACAGGCAUCAGUCUGUUUGCUAACCCUGUCAAGUACUGGGACAUCCAGCCGGCUACCUUCCGCUGUGUGACCGGACGGAGGGGCGUUCAGCUCGGAAACUUCAGAAAGAAGUAGAGAGUGAAAAUGUGGAGUUACGGAAAAUAGAAAAUUGAGAACUGCCAAUAUCCUUGUUACAGUAUAAGGAAGAAACUGGAAAUAAUUUUGAUAGAUCAAAAAAAAAAAAAUAGAUAAAACUGUACAUUUAGGUGUUUAAGUCCAUGAUGACAGCUGGCUGAAGUUUUCAGCCAGUGGGAGAAAAAUAAAAACAAAACUCUAGUCCGCUGUUGGUGCUGAUAAUGGAUAUAAUAACAAAUACUAGACUGGCACUCGAUAGAGUGCAUGUCUCCAACAAGACCCAACAGUCCCCUUUAAUUCAAUGAAACUGCGUCAAAUUGCACAAACUCAUAUCUGUUCUCCAAAUAUAUAAUUAAGAUUUAAAAUCUAUAUGUGCUGAUUUGUUCAGAUUCAUGAAAAAGUUUCAUGAAUCCUUCCACCAAGAUUUGUGGAAAUCUGUUCAGUAGUUGUGCAUAAUCCUGUAGACAAACAAACAAUGGACAGGGGUGAAAUCACAAGGUCCUUGGUGGAGGUGAUUAAUCAGCUUCUUUUUCUCCCUCAACUUUUGCUGUCUAAACAUUACUUGGGGUUGAGCGCCUCCCCUUGGUCCUUUUGAGUAACACCACCCAAUAGCUUGAGUAGUGCCUUUUUCAAUGAAAGAGAAAAGAAAAGAAAACUAGGUAUACAGAAUUAAGUUUUUUUCAUACCAACAAACUAAAUAUAUAUUUUCUCUCUUUUGUCAAUUCUUUACAUAGAGUAUUAUAUUGUCACCAUCUUUUAAAGUUGAGACAAUGAAAUUAGCGAAAAAUUCACCUCUUGACCUAAACUAAAAUAUAUUUUCCUUUUGGCAGAUGCCUGUACAGUCAGUGAAUGAUUCUGGUGUUAUUUAGUGUGACAAGUCACUUUAAAGCCCUGUGUCUUUCUCCAUGUUUUUCAUUAUCUCAUUGCAUGUCUGUAUUGUCUUUAUUUAGAAACUGAAAUUAUACAUUGUCCUUGAUGUAAACGUUUCCUCUGCAGGGCUGGGGAUAAUCUGUAAUCUAAAGUUUGCCCUUGAAUUCAGUUUGUUGUAAUAACCUAUAGCAACCAAAUUACUACCACAGUUGAUGUUGAAAUUAUAAGCAGGUAAUGAUCGUCUGAGAGCGUCUUCCUCAUAAACUUGUUCCUGUUUAUUCCAAUGUGCUGCCCUCCAAAAUGGUGCUAUAUUUAUUUAGUCUGUCUUUAAAUAAACCUGGAACACCUCCCAA